AAAAACCCAAACCCAAAAAAAAUUCAAAAACAACCCAUUAUUGAGAACAAAAGACCGGUAGGUCCGCAAGUAAAGAUCCGUGUAUCGGAAGCAUAACUGGAAUUGCUGAGAGCUUAGAACACAGUUUGGUGAUUUGACCAAAACAGAACAAAAACGAAAAAAACGAACAGAACGGAGCUUGGUGGUGAACAGUAUUUGGUGACAAGUAACAGUGAUUAGCACAGCGAAUUGCGAAAGAAGAGAGAAUGCAUUACUGGGUUCGAGCUUCUUCCUCUGAUUUUGCUGGAACUCUACCCCAACCUCGCAGUGGUCACACUGCCGUCAUUAUCGGUGGAUCGAAGGUGGUCGUGUUCGGAGGCCUUCUAGAGAAGAAGUUUCUCAGCGAUAUCGUCGUCUAUGACAUUGAUAACAAAUUGUGGUUUCAGCCAGAGUGCACUGGUGGCUCUGAUGGACAAGUCGGUCCAAGCCCGCGAGCCUUUCACGUUGCUGUUGUGAUUGAUUGUCAUAUGUUCAUCUUUGGUGGGCGUUCCGGUGGCAAGAGGUUAGGUGACUUCUGGGUCCUGGAUACUGAUAUAUGGCAAUGGUCAGAGUUAACAAGUUUUGGCGACUUACCUUCCGCACGAGAUUUUGCUGCAGCUUCAGCAAUUGGAAAUCGGAAAAUUGUUAUGUAUGGUGGCUGGGAUGGUAAAAAGUGGUUGUCAGAUGUGUAUGUCAUGGAUACAAUAUCACUAGAGUGGAUGGAGCUGUCAGUUACUGGAUCAUUGCCACCAGCAAGAUGUGGCCAUACAGCUACCAUGGUUGAGAAAAGGUUGCUUGUCUAUGGUGGCAGAGGAGGUGGAGGUCCAAUCAUGGGUGAUUUAUGGGCUCUGAAAGGUCUAAUCGAAGAAGAGAAUGAAACACCUGGAUGGACCCAAUUGAAGCUUCCUGGUCAAGCUCCUUCUCCACGUUGCGGCCAUACCAUCACAUCAGGAGGGCACUAUCUGUUGCUAUUUGGUGGCCAUGGAACGGGUGGCUGGUUGAGUCGUUAUGACAUUUAUUACAAUGACUGCAUUGUUUUAGACAGGGUUUCUGCGCAGUGGAAGCGCUUGCCUACUGGCAAUGAACCCCCUCCUGCUCGAGCGUAUCAUUCUCUAACAUGCAUGGGUUCGCGUUAUCUGUUAUUUGGUGGCUUUGAUGGAAAAUCAACAUUUGGUGAUCUAUGGUGGUUGGUUCCCGAAGAGGACUCUAUUGCAAAGAGAUUACUUGCGACUUCACCAACCAAUCUUCCUCAAAAUAAGGAUGUGGUGAUGGGAAAUAACAAUGUCCAAUCUGAAGGCAAGGAGAACCAAAUGGAAGAAUCUGUUGUUUCAGAGUUACAAAAAAGAUUAGGAAUAUCAGUUUAUCUCCUUGGUAAUGGUGUUCCAGUUGUGGAUGAGUUGGAAGACAAAGAAUUUGUUCAACUAGCAUCGAGUUUGGUUGGAGAAAGAGUUUCUAGUAAUCAACAGGUUUCAGAUAUUCAGGCACUUCGUGACCACUGGAGGAAAUCUACACCAAGACAUAUACCACUUAAAGAGCUUGGACCCUUGCUUCGGGACUACCAACGGUUGAUUACUCGUCGUCUUCAGGCGAAUGAUGGAUCUCAUAUGCAGUUCAUUGAGUCUAGUUUUCCUGGAAAAGUGGCUUAUGGUUUUUAUCAUAUCAGAAAUGUUAACCAGUUGCGUAUGGAUGACAUCCCAAAGCUGCUGGCAGAGUACAAACAACUACUGCCAAAUUAAGUGGAGGUGAAAAAACUAAAACAAAAAAAAAUCUCUGUCCUCUAAAAGAUAUAUUGUGACCAAUCUCCAUUUUCAUUGAAGUUAAGGUAUUGUGCUCUCAUGUUUCGUUGGCACAAACCUCCACUUGUGAACUCAUUGCUAGACUGAUUUAAAGAUCUUGUACAUGUCUACCAUAGACUUGUUGAAAGAUGCCAAUAUUACUGUCUUUCUGACAUCCUUAGAAUCCACUGCUGUUUUAGAUGAUAUAUUAUGCUUGGUA